UACGACGCAUACUGGAAUCGAAUGCUGGACGUAUCCCUAAGAUCCCCAAGGGAUUGACCAACACCAACCAUUUCAUCGUAUUCCUUCAUUAACCAAUUUNUUGUCAAUUUUAUAUCAUUUAUUCCUUACGUUUCAUUCUUACCACUGCAGGCAAUUGGAACGUUCACCAAUGAACUCGGAGGAAAUGGCGUCCGCAAGCCCUUAUAGCACAGAGUUAUUCCAGGUUCUUUGGGGUAGUAACAGGCAUGUAGGUUGUGCAACUCAACUUUGCAAUGGAUUUUACUUCACUUCUUAUGUUUCGCCUUGCUUCAGAGUGAACGUCGUCGGAGCUAGCAUCUACCCUAUUGGUGCAGUAUGCAGCGCUUGUCCAACAGGUUCAAACAAUUGCGAUGGAGCUGUUGGUCUCUGUUCCUACUAA